AUGCCCUCGUUGAACGCAGAGCUCUCCCUGCCAAGGACACAGACAGCGAUUAUUGCUCAGGGACCUGGGAAACUCGCCAUUCAGCACGAUGUCGCAGUGCCGACGCUCGCACCCGACAUGGCAAUCGGUUUGUUUACCCUCGUCGCCUCCUCUCCCAUACCCACCAUGCUCGAUUACAGCCCAGCUCAGGGAGCUAUUCAUGGUUAUGACUUUGCAGGCACCAUUGUUGCCCUCGGGAAAGACGCUCCUGCGCAUCUCUCAGUCGGGGAUAGGGUCGCCGGCAUGGUUUUUGGCGGCAAUUCAAACGUCAAAACCAUUGGGGGGUUCUCUCAAUACGUGGGAGCAAUGGCGGAUCUUCUACUCAGACUUCCCGACGACAUGAGCUUCGAGGAGGGUGCUAGCUUGGGAACCGGUGUUGCCACCGCAACGCUAUCGUUGUUUGACAGACUUCGUGUACCUGCCACUCUGGACGACCUCCGCAGAGGUGAGCCAAAGCAAGGAGAAUUUGUUCUUGUUGCUGGAGGCAGCACGGCGUCUGGAACCAGAGCCAUUCAACUUCUGAAGAAUGCGGGCCUCAGACCAAUCGCAUCAUGCUCCCCUUCCAACUUUGCCCUUGUUGAGCGGUUCGGUGCCGAAAAGGUCUUUGACUACCACUCCCCAACAUGUGCUCAAGAGAUCCGCGAGUACACCCGCAACGAGCUCGAGUAUGCUCUCGACUGCGUCUCACAGGCCGACACUACCAAGCUUUGCUUCGAAUCAAUCGGGCGUGCUGGCGGUCGCUAUGUUUCUCUUGAACCGUUCAGAGAUACUGUAGCGCAGACGCGGGCUCUGACGAUUGAGCCGUCGUGGGUGAUGGUUCUCAGCAUCUUCGGAAUCAAGGUGGGUUUGGAGGGUGAAUACGGACGAGAGGCAACUCCGGAGGAUAGAAGGUUUGGCGCUCAGGCAUUCGCUGCUGUGCAAAGCUUACUGGACGGGGGUAAGAUUCAAGCUCAUCCAAUCAAGGUGAUGCCCGGUGGGUGGGAGGGGGUCAUGAAGGGAGUUGAUAUCAUCCGGAGUCAAUCGUUGUCAGGUCAGAAAAUGGUGUAUUCUGUGGUGUGA